AGGAAAGUCUUUUCAGACAGAUAUUUAUUUGCGCCUCUCAACUGAACAGGUUUCGGGGGACCCGAAUCGAGAUAGGCACGUUAAUUACACCCCGGCAUCUGGCUUCCUUUUACCUACGGACUACUAGAGGUGUGAUUUGUCCUUCGUUUGGACAAAUAUAUAGACGACGGGAAUAGUGAUCCGUCACACAGUAGACAUGUUGAAAACCUGGCAAAUUCUGAUACAAAGUGCAUUUGUGUGGAAAGUUGACGCAACUGGGAUGUGAACACCGGCUUUCAUCGCUGUUUAGAGUGUCUUCCGUCAUCAUGGUGAAACCCCGUCGCGCCUCUCCCCUGGCUCACCUCUUCACCUGGCUGCUGACGCUACAGCUCUGCCUCCCCCUCUCGCAGGCGGCCCUGCCCCCCACCAGCCCUCACCCGGCCCACGUCCCCUCGCUGGUGCCCCACUCGCCCACACGGCUCACCCGCUCCCGCUUCAGCGCCCGGACCCAGUUGGACUUCAGCACCCACUGCAACGCCAGCUGCUUCCACCGGGCGGAGCAGUGGGCCCAGCCCGAGGACCUCAGCCAGAAGCUGGCCUUCGAGACGCUCUACUCGGACGGCUCUCGCACCCUUACCGCCGUGGACGUGGACGGCGACGGAGAGGACGAGGAGGAGGGCCGCGUCCGCCUCUCCGCCCGCACGCCGCCGAAGCGGCGGCUGAGGCGUCAGGUCGGGUCGGGGCGUCACAGACGUGUGAGACGGCAGAUCUACGGCGCCGACGGGCGCUUUAACAUCCGCGGGGAGAACUUCCUGCUGGACUACCCUUUCUCCACGGCGGUGCGCAUCUCCACCGGCUGCACGGGCGUGCUGGUGUCCCAGCGCCACGUGCUGACCGCCGCCCACUGCGUCCACGACGGGAAGGACUACGUCAAGGGAGCGCGGAAGCUCAGGGUCGGGUUCCUCACCCCGCCGUACGUCAACGGCACCAGGCCGUGGAGGAACCAAUCAGAUCCCAGGAAACCCUUGGUGCGCUGGGUCAGGGUGAAGCGCACCCGCGUGCCCAAGGGCUGGAUCCAGGGUCCCCAGGAGGUCAGCAUGGACUUUGACUACGCCCUGCUGGAGCUACGCUGGCCCCAUCGGAGGCCCUUCAUGCGUCUGGCCGUGACGCCCUCGUCCGACGACCUGGCAGGGAAACGUAUUCACUUCUCCGGCUUCGACAGCGACCGGCCUGGAGAGCUGGUCUACAGGUUUUGCCCCGUGGAGGACGAAUCCAACGACCUCAUCUACCAGCAUUGCGACGCACGGCCGGGGGCCAGUGGCUCGGGGGUGUACGGACGGGUGUGGGACAGUACCCUGGAGCGGUGGGAGAGGAAAGUGAUCGGGAUCUUCUCGGGACACCAGUGGCUGGAGAUCGACGGGGAGAACCGGGAUUACAACGUGGCCGUGCGAUUCACGCCGCUCAAGUUUGCUCAGAUCUGCUACUGGGUGCACGGGAACCAGCUGGGCUGCAGUCACGACUGAGAGCACUCCAUGGAUCGUAUGGACUCAGUGGAAUGUGGAUUUCUGAUGUUGAAGAAAAACAGUGGACCCUCGGGUUGUUAUUUAACAUGUCUGCUAAUGAUGAAGUCUUAACAGCCAUUUUCCUUACUGGCGGAUUAACCGAGCUGUCAGAAUUUCCACCUUAUUAAACAGUACCACUUUCUAGAAGGAAAAUGUAGAACAAUGCUUCUUUUCUUGUGCCCAAACCGGUCCACGUCCACAUGGCCUUUUUUUUUCCAAAUAUGGUUGCAGAAAUUGGAGGCGGUCAGCCUUACAAAUUUAACUGAUGCUCCUUAAAUGUGUUCAUUGGGGUGGUCAUUCAUUUUAUAUUUUAGGUAUGUAUGGAGAGUCGACACAGAAAAAUGUGUUUAGAAUUGGCUAUCCAUAUGGGCCUUACUGCCAAGAAAGAGUUUCUAGUGAGAUGGUUACAUUUUAUUUGUAAAGGCUUAGAUAUAUUUUAAUAAAAACGUUUUAAUCAUUGCAUGUAUUUUGCUGCAAGUGCUUCAAUUCAGGUUUCUGGAAUUGUGUAGGGCGACACCGUGUGGUCGCCAACGGUUUUACAACCAAUCAAAUCCAGGGAACAUCAGGCACAUUCUAUACAAAACUCUUUCAGAGCAAGCGCACAACACCACUAAUUACUAUGACAAGUACUCAAUUAAUGAUUUGGUGUAACUUAAUGUUGAAUUAAAGAAUGAAAUGGAAGAAGGGCACAAAAGUACAAGACAAAAAGGUAUUUGUUUAGUGCUUUUUUUUUAAUUAGAGAUAAGGAGACGAUACAAAACAUCCUUCAAUAUUCAAUCUGAACACAUGCCCUUCAUAUCUGUCGCUUCCCAUCUGACCGUCAGAACACCAC